AUGACUGACAGCGAAGAAAAUUAUGACAAUUCUCUGGAAGAAAAUGACUCUGAAAGGACGUCUAUUAGAAAUGAACUUUCAUCCUUGUCUUUCGAAGAUCUCCAAAAGUUGAAGGAACGCAUUGGUGCAAAACUUUAUAAAGAAGUGGUUUUCGGAAAGAAGGAUCAUGUCCGGAAUACACCAAAAGUUUUUAAACGUGAAAAUAAGAAUAGGCCGAGGGAGAUGAGCUCCAAGCGGCCAGUACGUAUGCUGAAGGAUGUAGCUACAGUAAAGAAGAAAGAGUGUCGUGAUCCAAGGUUUGAUCCAUUAUGCGGUGAAUUUGAUAAAAAACAGUUUGCCGAAAAUUAUAAUUUCCUUUCGGACAUUCGAAUUCAAGACAUAAAAGCUAUAAGGGCAGAGCUUAAGGAGACAACAGACCCGCAAAGAGUCUUGAAAUUGAAACGUCUGUUACAAAGGCUAAAUGAACAGCAUAAAGCUAGUAGAAAAGCAAGGGUAGAGCAACAAAAAUCAGAGAAACAGAAAGAGGAAGUAGAAAAAGUCUUCAGAGAAGGCAAACAGCCAUACUUUAAGAAUAAAUCGGAACUGCGAGUUGAGACCUUGGUGAGACAAUAUGAAGAGUUGAAGAAGGAGGGCACUGGUCGAAUUCAACGCCACCUCAAACGACGCCAGCAAAAGCUGAAGAAACGUUCUGAUAGAGUACCUGCAGCAGUUAGU